AACUGUACAGAACUGGGGAGCAUCCACACAGUCUAUGAGGGUGCGGUCCGGCUGCACAAAGCAACAACACAGACAGAUAGAGAGAGAGAGAGAAGGAAUAAGGAAAGAAGAGGAGAGAGACAUCACCACAAGAGGAAUACAUCAAGGGAUGAAAGGAGACACCCCUGUGAACAGCACCAUGAGCGUUGGUCAGGCUAGGAAGCUGGUAGAACAGCUGAAGAUUGAAGCCAGUUUUUGCAGAAUCAAGGUUUCUAAGGCAGCAGCAGACUUGAUGGCCUACUGUGAUGCCCAUGCAUGUGAGGACCCUUUCAUCACCCCUGUGCCCACUUCAGAAAACCCAUUCAGAGAGAAAAAGUUCUUUUGUGCUCUUCUCUAAGCAGGACGCAUGAAGAACUGGAUUAGUCUCAUUUAAAUUAUAUUGAUUUGUGUAUGCACAUCACACAGCACAACACCUGACAAGACACAAAACAAAUAAAUCCAAAAUUACGGUUCAAUAAAAUGGAGAGAAAUGAAUGCUAAUUAUCAUUGUCAGUGCAGAACCCGACAUUUAAAAAAAUCAUGUGUGUGAGGAUAUUCAUUGUUAUUCUCCUGUUUUAUGGGAAAUCCUGUUCCUUUCAGGGCACACAGGAAAAAAACUAAACAAAGACUGAUGCAAACUGAUCAGCUAGAACAACACACACACAUAAGCAAGCAGUUUUUUAAUCAUUCAAAAGGAAAUAGGUGUGGGUCUGGAUAUUUAAAUAAUUUCAAUUUUUAUUAUAUUUGAAAAAAAAUCUUCACACAGCAUAAUACAGUGAUUCUGUAUGUACAUUUUGAUUAAGUUUGUUUGUGGUUGCUAUGUAAGCUGGUUGAGAUUUCUGGAUAAAUGGUAUAGCUUUUAAAGUUUAGAUUAAUGUAAGAAAGUGAGGCUUUUAAUACUUAAACAACAAAAGUAUAUAGCCCUCUUAAAGGAGUUUGUAAAAUGAAAAUGAUGUCCUAUUCACACAUUUUUCAAAACAGUAGUAUAUACAGUAAGGGAUGGAAAUUAGAGUUGUUAGCAUAAAGGAUAAAUUAUGGGACAACAAUAAGAGAAUGUCAAAAUAGCAUUUUGUGGUCUGAAGUGAUGA